AUGGCUUCACUACUGGAACGGUUGGUUUUCCUACAGAAAUCCUGCCAUGUCAAACUUAAGGUCCUGAAGGUUCUCCUGCAUUUAUGUGGCCAUGGACCACCUCACUUCCUCACAGAGCUACGGCGGAAUGCUACAUUUAUACAAGAAGUAAUUGUGUACAGUGGCCCCCCGGACCCCAUCCAUGGAAAUGCUCUCUUUCAGAAAGUCAGAAGCUCGGCUCAGGAGUUGGCUACCCUACUCUUUAAUGAUACUAUGUCCCCAGAUUCAGGACUGUCUCCACACAAAACAGUGACACAGUCUGUGGGAAUGGGCUCAGAGUCGCUCAGGUCUGGCAUGCAGGGGUUCGGAUACAGCCCAGGAAGGAAAGAAUCCAGUGGAGGGACUCUGUUGGACAAGAUUCAGAAAGCUGCCGAAGUGGUUGCCAGCGCUGUUCUUCCUCCAACAGAGCAUCCUGGCAUCCGUCUCCAUGAUAACCACUACCACGCUGUGGUGGCACCCUCUGCUACUGUGGAGAUGGCAGUGCCAGCAUGUGCCUACAACGUCCCAUCCCACAGCCACAGAGCAUCUCACAGAUACCCAGGGCAGGCUGGUGGAGGCUGGGAGGAAACGGACAGUGGGCACAGCUCCUCACACAACUCAUCCCAGGAGACUGCAGAAGCCAGCCAGACCUCACUGGGAGGAAGCAGUAAGUCGGGCGGCUCGGGCAGCCACUCCGGGGCGAGUCGGGAGAGCGGUGACCUAUCAGAGCGUGUGGAGGCCAUUCAGUUGGGGGACUGUGGUCAGGAGACGGCACUUAUCAACAGACUGACCAGCGGUUCAAAAGUCUUCCUGUCCAGAGAAGAGAGCCAGCAUUUUAUCAAAGAAUGCUCCACUCUCAACUGUGAGGUGGUCGUUGAACUUCUGUCUCGCAAACUCCAGGACCACACACAAAUCCUCCAGAUGAGGGCAAUGUGUGCUCUGGCCUGCCUGAUGUCUUCAGAUUUCCUCUCUUUAGAUCAUAUUUUCAAUAUCACAAACAAACGCCUUGCCCAACUUAGCGAAGGAACCACAGGCCCUGUCGCCAACAAGGCAACCAAGCUCUUAAGGCAGUUUGAGGCCUUGCUUGGUUGUGUCACAAAUUCCAAAUGUGACCGUGCUGGACGUCCAACCUCUGCCAGCUCUUCGCUUUCAGAUCAGCCUCCUGAAUCUAUAAUCGUCCCCUUUGUUCCGGGACAACUAGGAGAAAACGCAACCUCUGUUAUCCCAUCAGAGGAGACCCCAUCUACACAACACCUACAGGGUAACAGCACUGUACCUGGCUCUCAUAUGAAAAGAGAACAAGAGGGGGAGUACAGGAACACAGAAACCUCUAAGAUCUCAGAGCCACCCAGACUGUCACUCUUCAGUGGAAUGGAGUUAGUCAACAGAAGCAAACCUGUAUGUUUGGUCGAGCCUGUUCCUGUCGAGUCAGACGCCCAGAUAAGUGUAGAAGCCACUACAGGCACAGACUGUGCAAUUGAGAAAAGCUGUGAGAGAACUGCAGGCUCACACACAUCUAGUGAGCAAGUGUCUGUCUUCUCCUUCCUCAAUCUCUGAUGCCAACAUUCAUUUAAGGUUAUGUGCUGAUUUGGGGGGAAAAUAACUUCAUUCUAAUCUAAUAAUGAUAUAAUAAUUGCUACAAGUGACCACGUUUACAUGCAUAUGAAAAUUUUAGUCUGCGGUAACCUGAUUUCCAUGACCUGAUUAAAGCAAUAUUCUGACUUAUGCUUGUAUUAAUCAUCAUUUUGAGUCACGUAAACACCUUAUUAGGAAGAUCAACUGUUUGUUGUAUGUAGUUAUGAGUGAACAACAUUGGAGCAAAUAGGAGAUUGACUUUUUUUUUUUUAGACCAACAUUAAAAUGUCAUGAC